AAGCAGUGACAUACUGACAGUGUUGUGCUACUAAAAGCACAGCAUCCCUAACUCAGCGCACACUGAGACAUGGAGAUGUUUCUGAGAAGCUUGUAAAAUUAAGUCAGAAGAUCUUUUCCUUUCUUCCUCCUGUAAGUGGUAACCACCUCGUUUCCGUUUACCUGGGUGCCCUGGGAUUUGAAUCUGAGCAGAAUAAUGCUUAGAAUCCAAAUAAACACAACAAUGAAUUGCUGUUUCCUGAAACGUUGGAUGUUGGUGAUUCCUCUCCUUGGGUAUUGCCUUAAAGUUGCAGAGAACUUGCCAGCUGGGAGAGCUCAGAAAGAAGCCCCGUUUCCUGGAAGAGCUAAGCGUGGCUGGGUGUGGAACCAAUUUGUUGUACCAGAGGAAAUGGAUACGAGACAAUAUGUUGGACGGCUAAGAUCUGAUUUAGACAAUGGAAACAGCUCUUUCCAGUACAAUCUACUGGGGACUGGAGCGGGAAGCUUCAGCAUUGAUGAACGAACAGGUGACAUAUUUGCCAUUCGGAAGCUCGAUAGAGAGGAACAAUCCCUCUACAUGCUGAGAGCCCAGGUAAUAGACACCAGCACUGGAAAGGCUGUGGAACCUGAGUCUGAGUUUGUCGUCAGAGUCUCGGAUAUCAAUGACAAUGAACCGAAGUUCCUAUAUGAACCCUAUGAAGCCACUGUACCGGAGAUGUCUCCAGAAGGAACAUUUGUCAUCAAGGUAACAGCCAAUGAUGCUGAUGACCCUGCAACUGGUUAUCAUGCUCGAAUCCUAUACAACUUAGAACAAGGACAACCAUAUUUUUCUGUUGAGCCAACAACAGGAGUCAUAAGAAUAUCUUCUAAAAUGGAUAGAGAGUUACAAGAUACAUACUGUGUGAUUAUUAAAGCCAGAGACAUGCUUGGUCAGCCUGGAGCCUUGUCUGGGACAACGACGGUAUCAAUUACGCUGUCAGAUAUUAAUGACAACAAGCCUAUAUUCAAAGAAAGUUUCUACCGCUUCACUGUAUCUGAGUCUGCACCCAGUGGUACAUCUAUAGGAAAAAUUAUGGCCUAUGAUGAUGACAUAGGAGAGAAUGCAGAAAUGGACUACAGCAUUGAAGAGGAUGAUUCACAAACAUUUGGCAUCAUCACUGAUAAUGAGACUCAAGAAGGUAUAAUUAUACUAAGAAAGAAAAUUGAUUUUGAGAACCAGAGCCAUUAUGGCAUUAGAGCUAAAGUUAAAAACUGCCAUGUUGAUGAGGAACUUGCGCCAGCCCAUGAAAAUGCCUCCUCAACCUACAUUAAAGUUCAAGUGGAAGAUGAAGAUGAACCUCCUGUUUUCCUAUUACCAUAUUAUAUAUUUGGAAUUCCUGAAGAAAUGCCAUAUGGAUCAAUGGUAGGAACAGUAUCUGCUAUAGACACAGAUCGAAGACAGUCUCCUAUAAGAUAUUCACUCACUGGAAGCAAAAUGUUCCAUAUCAGUGACAAUGGAACAAUAAUUACCACUAACCUCCUUGACAGGGAGGUCAGUGCUUGGUACAACCUGAGUGUCACAGCUACAGAAGCAUACAAUGUACAACAGAUCUCUUCAGCUCCUGUAUAUGUACAAGUUUUUAAUAUUAAUGACCAUGCCCCUGAGUUCUCACAGUACUAUGAGACUUACGUUUGUGAAAAUGCUGAAUUUGGUGAGAUAAUUCAGAUCAUCAGUGCAAUAGACAGAGAUGAGUCCAUAGAAGAUCACCAUUUUUACUUUAAUCACUCUGUGGAAGACACAGACAACUCAAGUUUUAUACUAACAGACAAUCAAGAUAACACAGCCACAAUUCUGACAAUUAGAACUGGUUUUAGCCUUAAAGAAGAGCCUGUCUUCUCCAUGAUCAUCUUGAUUGCUGAUAAUGGAAUCCCAUCUCUUACAAGCACAAACACCCUCACUAUACAAGUCUGUGACUGUGGAGAAAGUAGAAGCACAGAGAUUUGCACUAAGAAGGGACUUCUGUUUCUCAUGGGAUUCAAAACAGAAGUAAUAAUUGCCAUCCUGGUAUGCAUUAUGGUAAUAUUUGGGUUUAUCAUUUUGAUGCUGGCUAUGAAGCAGCGAAGAAAGCAAACGCUUAUUCCAGAGAAAAGUGAAGAAUUUGGAGAGAAUAUAUUUUGCUUUGAUGAUGAAGGCGGUGGAGAAGAAGAUUCAGAUGCCUUUGAUGUUGUCGAGUUGAGAAGCAGCAUGGUCAUGAGGGAAAGAAAGCCUCGCAAAAGCAAGAGCAUGGAGAUAAGGAGCCUGUACAGGCAGUCCCUGCAGGUCGGGCCAGACAGUGCCGUAUUCCGACAAUUCAUCUUAGAGAAGCUAGAAGAAGCAAACACAGAUCCAUGUGCUCCACCCUUUGACUCACUGCAGACCUUUGCUUUUGAAGGCACAGGGUCAUCAAGUGGCUCUCUGAGCUCCAUAGGAUCCAGAGACACUGAUCAGGAAGACAAUUUUGAUUAUCUUAACGACUUGGGACCUCGUUUUAAAAGAUUAGCAUGUAUGUUUGGUUCUGCAAUGCAACCAAACAAUUAAGGCUUCCCUAUAUCAACAUGCAAGAAGUAUUAAGGUGUAUAUACAUGAAAUGGUAGGCUUCUGGUAAAAUUGCAAUCUCUGGCUUUCUGUCUAGUAGGAGCUCUUUAUGUAGAAUUAUGAUCUUUUAAAAUACACACUUGUGGAUAUUUCCAGUUCAACACAGAGGUUGGGAGGGAUAAAACUAAUCAUAUUUUAGAUAACGCUGCAAGCCACCCUAGUGUAUCCCUGAGAUGGUUCUCUAGAAUUUUUUCAUGUAAUCCAAUGCAAAUUCUCAACAAUUCAGAAGGGGAAAAUAAGAAAUGCACCAAAUAAAGCCAUCUGCUCAGUUUUUUAUCUGUCCAUUCUUUUACAAAGUAAGAAUGAAGCCUCUAUGUGUAUUAAAUUCCUGGAACCUUGCAAAGAUCAAUUCUAAGACCUGGGAGAAAUGUGAGUGGUUUCAUAAAGAGUUAAAAAUAUUGCCUUAUAUGUUAGCAGUUUUCUGAUUGAGAUUCUAUGAAUCAUUUUAUUUUGCAACUUUUAAAUUUUUGCCAAGAUUACACUUUACUACUCUGAAUUUGGCUAUCUAUGCAAUACAUGAAUUAAUCACAGUUACCUAGUAACUCACAUUAUUUCACGUCUUCUGAGUUUGUAUAACAAAGGGAAUCAGAAGGUAUUCUUAGAGACUUCUCAGAGUUUAAUUUCCUAGCAACUCCAAAUGCCAAUUCUUUUCAUGAAAAAAUACAAUAACCAAAUUCAGGUCAACAUUCACUUGUGAUUAAAUUAAUGCUUUUGUAACUCAUGGGAAGUUCAGAAAUUCUUAAGUAUGUUCUGCUUUCUACUAAAAUUGUAAUAGCCAAAUGACAGCAGUAUUGUAUUCAAAUUUGAAUUACUAUUUACUACAAAUGUUACAAUCAUCUGCUCUGUGUUUCACUAUUGGUAUAAAUAAAACAUGAUGUCACUCUCUGCAUUUCUUUUACUGUUAGGAGCUUAUCAUGUGACAGGUCACUCAGUGCCAUUAGCUCUUAUUGUAUUUGAAAUCAGAUGCAAUGGAAACUCCUCAUCAUAGCAUUAUGGAGGAGUAAAUGCUAAGGUGUCAGACAUACAACUUUAACAUAAAUUAGAUUAUAAGGUAAUAAAACAUGGUAUUUUUAAUUGACUUUUCAAUAAUGUUUCUUAUAUCAAAAUUAUGGAGUCAAAAUUGAUAUUUAAUAUAAAAUAAUGCAGUGAGUACAAUGUUCUUCACAUUGUUUUGAAAGACUAUUUUUAUUUAAUAGUGUAAACCUUGAACUGAAGUAUGUAUAUUUAUAUGAAAUAUUUUAAGUGAUUUUGUAUGGAUUAGGGCAGAUGAAUAGUAUUUUUCUUUGUAUUCUGAGACUGAAAUAUCUAUAUCAAAUAAUAAAAAAAUAUAGAUUUGAAA